CAGCUGUUCUCCUAAUUCUGGUUACGUCCCUAAACUUCCUCUCCUCCGUUCGCGGCUCUUUCUUAAAUGUUGGUGGGGGAGUGGAAGGCAACAAUCGAACACCUACAGUGCAUCCGGGGACGAGAUUAGAUAAAGAUCCUUAGAGAGAGGAAAAAGCGGCUCAGUGAUACUUCUGUUCAAUUUUUCGCAUGCGAUGGAAGGCGGUGUUCAAAAAGCAGAUAAAACUGAAUUUAAGGAAUGCUUUAAUUUGACAUGGAAGCAGCCAUAUAUCCUUCGUCUGGCAUUUUCUGCUGGCAUUGGUGGUCUGCUUUUUGGUUAUGAUACAGGUGUUAUCUCCGGAGCACUUCUUUACAUUAGAGAUGACUUCGAAUCAGUUGAUCGGAGCACUGUGCUGCAGGAAACCAUUGUCAGCAUGGCUGUAGCUGGAGCUAUAAUAGGAGCUGGAUUCGGUGGAUGGUUGAAUGACAGAUUUGGAAGAAGACCUUCGAUUAUAUUGGCUGAUUUGUUGUUCUUCGUUGGUGCUAUAAUAAUGGCUGCUGCGCCAAUUCCUGGAAUUAUAAUUCUUGGGAGGAUCUUUGUGGGAUUUGGAGUCGGGAUGGCUUCUAUGACCUCUCCACUGUACAUUUCCGAGGCUUCUCCUGCAAGAAUUAGAGGUGCUCUUGUUAGCACUAACGGGCUACUGAUAACAGGAGGACAAUUUUUUUCUUACCUUAUAAAUCUGGCAUUCACCAAGGCACCUGGUACUUGGCGAUGGAUGCUUGGGGUUGCAGCAGUUCCAGCACUUGUUCAAUUUUUGUUAAUGUUGUCCCUUCCUGAGUCACCUAGAUGGCUGUAUAGAAAGGAAAGGGAAGAGGAAGCUGUAGACAUCUUGAGAAGGAUAUACCCUGCUGAGGAGGUUGAAGCAGAAAUUGAGGCUCUACGACUAUCAGUUGAAGCUGAAAUUGCUGAGGAAGGUUCGAUCGGAGAAUAUAGUUUACCUGGUAAGUUAAGGAAGGCAUUGAGCAAUGUAGCUGUCCGGAGAGGACUCGUUGCAGGCAUUCUCUGCCAGGUUGCUCAACAGUUUGUGGGUAUCAACACCGUUAUGUAUUACAGUCCCACUAUUGUUCAGUUGGCUGGCUUUGCUUCUAACAGUACUGCCUUAGCACUUUCUCUAAUAACCUCUGGGCUCAAUGCCCUUGGAUCCAUAGUCAGCAUCUACUUUGUUGACAGAGCUGGGAGGAGAAGGUUGCUACUUCUCAGUUUGAUUGGUAUCGUAACCUGUCUUGCAUUACUUAGCGGUGUGUUCUUUGGAGCAACAAAACACUCGCCAGCGGUUAGCAAAGAGGAAACACAACUAUUCGGCAAUUACACAUGUCCUGCUUUCAACCCAAUCUCAGGCAUGGAAUGGACGUGUAUGGAUUGCAUGAGAGCAACUUCUGAGUGUGGCUUUUGUGCUCAUGAAGGGAAUAAACUUCUUCCCGGAGCAUGCUUGCGGUCGGAUUCUACAGUUAGAGAUGCUUGUCACGCCAAUCAUCGUGAGUGGUAUACUCGAGGAUGCCCAAGCAACUUUGGAUGGUUGGCUCUCGUCGCUCUCGGAGCAUACAUUGUAUCUUACUCUCCUGGCAUGGGCACUGUCCCCUGGAUUGUCAACUCGGAGAUAUACCCCUUACGAUACCGAGGACUCUGUGGGGGGUUGGCCGCAGUAGCUAAUUGGGUCUCCAAUCUGAUCGUCACGCAAACCUUUCUGAGCUUGACGGAGGCUUUAGGAACAGCUCCCACCUUCCUCUUGUUCUGUGGCAUUUCUGCUGUCGCCUUUGUGUUUAUCUUUUUACUUGUACCGGAAACCAAGGGUUUGUCAUUCGAAGAAGUGGAGAAGAUGCUGGAAAGCAAUGAUUAUAAGGCAUGGCAUGGAGCAAGGACUCAAGAAAGCAAAGACCAUAAUUAAAAAUUUUACGAAAACUUUUGUCUGCUGAACAUGUUCGUUGUGUGCCACAAAUUUAGAAACUUUUCAUGGUGAUAGCUAUAGAAGCACUAUUAUCGAUUGACUUGGAGCUGCUUUGCUUGCAAAGUUCUACUUAGGAAGCAUUUACUUUCGCUGUUUGUAGAGCUUCUCUGAUUUGAGUUGACCUGAACUUAGAUGUUGAGUAUUUAUAUUAGGAUACAAAUAUUUGUCCUAUUUGCUCUGUUUUCCGGAUAGACUAUUAGGCUUCAAGUUGUGGAAAAUAUUUG